AUGGAAUCUUUAGCUCAAUAAAUUAAGGCAUUAUAAUAGAAAAAUCAAGAGCUUUCUUAAUUAGAAAAUAGACUAGUUUAGAUAAAAUAAUAGUUAAAAAUGCAAGAAUCGAAUAAUCAUAUAAUAUAAUUGAAAGUUAACAAAAUAUUGGAAACUAAGGAAAGCACAUAUAUGGAUUAAAGAGAUGUAUUUAUAAUUUGUAAUUUAAGUUCUUGAAAUAACUUGAAUAAUCUCAAAGCCAAAAAGAUGCCAAUCAUAAUCGUAUUCGUUUAAUGAAGUAAACAUAAGUAGAUGAAACGAUGAAAAUGAAAUAAUAAUUGUCAGAGGAUAAACUAUUGAGAACUCUUACUUAAAAAUAAAACUCUUAGAUUCUAUAAUAUCAACUUAAAAAAAUAAAAGACCAGGAGUUAUAUAAUAAGUAAUAGUAAUUUAACAAAGUAAUUUUGACAUUAGAGUUUAUUUUAGAUUUCAGAAUGGGAAUUUUAACUGAAAUAAGAUCUUGAAUACAAGAAAAAUGAAAAAAUUGAAAAAAUUAGAGCAGAAUAAUAAUAAUAUAAAGCUUAAUUAUCAUAAAAGUUAGAAUAAUAAUAAAAAUAUUAUCAAAAACUAUAAGAUGAAGAAUAAUAAUUAUUGAGGUAAUUUUGUAGUAUAAACAAGCUAGUAAAUUACAUAAUUCAUAAUCAAUUGCUUAAAAUCUAAAAUAAGACUUAAGCUAGGCAUAAAGCCUUAGCAUAAAAUUUUACAACAAUUCAUUGACUACCAUCUCUUCCUCUAUCAAAUCAUAUAGUGUACCAAAAUUAACAAAGAAAUAAUUAGAAAGUCCUUAUGCUCAAAUACCAGCAAUUCUUAAAAUAAAAAUCAAUAAGUAUUACUAAUUUAAAUAGUAGAGAAAAAUCGUAUGGUGGUAAUGAAAAUUUCUUUCCUUGCAUUGAAAAACCGAGUUAUUAUGAUUAAUAAAAAUAUAUGGAAAGACUUUAUUAAUCUAAAAAUUAGAUUUCAAUUAGUUAACAACAAGAAUUUCAAGUUUAAAAACCAGGGAUCUAAUAAUUAAAGUAGACAAAUUCUUCUCAUUUUGAAUCCUAAAGUCAUAAUCACAAUAGCAAUAGAACAAAGUUUUUAAGUUCAACUUAAACUGGAAAAUAGAAAGAUUUUGGUACUAUAACAAAAAUGACCGAGACAAAUAGAUCUAAUACUUAAAAGAAUAACAUUAAUUAAUAAAAGGAAACCUCAGAAUAACAAGAACAGAAAAAGAUAGAAAAUACCUUAAAUAAUUCAAAAGAUAUCAUAAAAAAAGAAGAUAAAUUAGAAAAAUAAUAAAGUCGAAAAUAAGAAAAAGAAUAGCCUCCUUAAAAAGAACGUGAGGAAGUUGAAGAAAAUUAUGAAGAUGAGAAUUAUGAAGAAGAAUUUAAUUAAGAAUAGGAAUAAGAGUAGUAAGAAAAUGAGCAUCAAUCCGAAUAAAAAGAUAAUAAUGAAUAUUAAGAGGAAGAAUAAUAAUGA